GGGCGUGGCGGGAUGCUGCGGGAUGACUAUGGGGUCCAGCUCUCCUGGAGACACAUCAGCGGCGACCUGGCCCAUGCGCACCCAGGGAGAAGCGAGCCUGGUGGUGAAGCCCUGCGCCAGGCGGGCCGUAGACACGGCAGCGGGGCGACUGCGGGCCCGCCCAGCUGUUCCGGGGCUGCCCGCCGCGCCUGCGCCCCGGGAUUCUCGCGCUCCGCGGGUUCCCGAGGAGUCGCCAUGAUAACGGUCGCAGAGUUCCCGACUCCGCGGGAGGCGCAGGUACUGCCUGGCCGCCAUCUCGGCGGCUCGGAUGGAGAGCUGUGGCGACGCGAGCUGUGGCGACGCGCCCGAGACCGAGGAGUGCUGGAAGAGCAUCGAGGACCUCCAGUCCACGAUUGAACAAUUCCAGUUCAGCCCCAGAUUUAACAUUUCAGAUGAUUUGAAGAUUGGCUUUUUCAGCACAGACCAUGCCACCCAAACAGAUUACAGUGAGAUUGUGCCAUUAAAAGAGUUGAGUUUAUCUAUACAGAAGCUCAUGCAGAUUAUGAGAUCCCUUCAGUUGGAUUUUGGGUUCCUCAGACAACUGCUUCAACAGAAAUUCGAAGACCGUCUUCAAGAGGAAUCUUUUAGGCUCUUCACUUCUCUGCAUGACAGGAUCCUGGCGAUUGAAAAACAUUAUCAACAGAAUGAGGAUACUUUAAGAAAAUGCUACAAUCAGCAGUUGGCCGAUGCCAUAGCUGCCAUCAAAGGGAUGUACAAGCAAUUCUUUGAGAUAGAAGAAGAGAAGAUGCCUGUGCAAGACUCAGCCACUGCCAAAAUUACUUUUUUGUUGAAAAAAAUGAAGGAGAAAGAAGAACUUAUUAAGGAAUUAAAAGAAGAACUAGACCAAUAUGAGGAAUUUGGAUUUCAUAAAGUUGACUCUUUUGUGAAAGACAUCAGCCCUCUAAAAGCAACUCCAGAAAGGGAAAAUUUGGAGUACAAAAUGGAAAACGAGAGAAUGCUUCAAGUCAUUUCAGAACUCCGAGAAGAAAUCCGACUCAAUCUAAAAGAAAAUUCUGUAUUAGAAGAUGAAAUUAUAAGUCUGAAAGAGAAGGCAGAAAAGGAUCAUAAAACCAUUAAAAAGCUAAUGGAUGGUAGAGACAAAUUACUGUAUGAGCUUGAUUUUGAAAAAUCAUUGGUUCAAGAAGUGGUUAAUAAACAGAAAGAGGACAUUGAAAUGAGAAGAAAGUUUGAUGCCACAGGCACCAAGGGCAUCAGAGAAACACUCAAGGGGAAAGAAACCACUUUGUCCCCGCAGCCCUCACAGCCCAAGAGUGCAGGUGUUUCGAGGCCACAUUCUUCCUCCAUCAGUUUAUUGCAUUUUAAGACCAAACGAGUCAAGAGUCCAAUGAAGCCUUUAAAGGAAGAGCAGCCCACGGUUAAAUAUGCUGUACCUGUUGUGAUGCAUGAAGAAGAGGCAACACCAUCAGUGACUAAGAUUGAAGAAGAGAAACGUGUUUUGGAAGAGCAAAUAGAAAUAUUAAAGGCUAAGUUAGAGAAACAGAAAAAGAAGACAGAGAGGUGUCAGAAGGAAUCAGAUCAGAUGAACAAAAUCUGGGAAAAGAAAUUCUUAAUUCUCAGGAACAGCUUUCACACCCUCAAGAACGAGAUGUUUACUAGGCACACAUUGUUCCGUCAGUUUGCAGUGCUGGCUGAUACAUCCUUCAGUUACCAGAAAGUUAAACCCUUACUUGUGCAGUCCAAAAUGAACUUGGUAACAGAGUCACUGUCUUCUGGAAGUGUUCAUCACUCGUCGUCGAUGGACAACAAGUAUGUAGACCUGGUCAGCGAUCAGAUAUCCUCUCAGCUUUCACUGAAGGGAUCUUCAGGGUUGUGUCAAAGACUGAGGUUCUCACAUUGUACUUUCAUACCACAAGACUUUUGAAAAUUAUGGAUAACUAACACUUCGUGGGUUGUAGGUACUGUUCUAAAUGUCUUUCUAGUUUUAACCCUAAUUGUCACAAAAACCUUAUAAGGUCGGCACUCUUGCUUUCCCAAGUCUGCAGAGGAGACAGUUGGAUACAGAAGGGUUUAGUAAGCUGCCAGGGUUAUGACUGCAAAUAAACAGAUUAUUUAUUUAUAAGUAAGGCUUAACUCAGACCCAGACAGUGUUGCCCCAGAGCCCAGGCUUGUCACCACCCAGUUAUGUUGAUUUGUCCGAAGACUCAUGCAUGACAAUGUGCGGUCCCAUUUUCAACCGCACACACUGUAGGAAAACAUGUGAUGUAACAGAAAAGCUUUGGAGGUGGACAGACUUGGGUUCCCAUCUCAUUCCAGCCACUUACUCACUGGGUGACUUCAUCUCAGCUCCCUUGGCUGUGUAAAAUGGAGAAGGUGACCUCCUAGCUUAGUUAUGAGGAUUCAGUGAGUUAACAUCAGUGACGUGCCUAGCUAACUGCACCCCUACCUCUCCUCCUGAGCUGUGCACAAGGUAAUCCCUGGGUCCCCAAAAUAAAGGCUGGCAAACCUGCAUGUUGAUCCACUACACGAGACCUGUAAUGUCCUCAGCAGCAGGCUACUGCUUUAAACAAACUAGUCUGUCUCUCACAUUCUUUAGUAACUGUCAACCAAGCAUAAGUAAGAAUAAAAUCCAUCAAAAUAUACAGUAAGUAUUUUGAAAAGAGCAAAAUUAAACAUGGAAUAUGACUUAAAGCAAUGUUACAUGAGGUGAUAUGUCUUUCUUAAGCAAAUUUAAAUUGAUUUUUUGUUAUGCAGCAAACUUUACUCCAAAAAAAUUCUAGCAAGAACAACAGAAUGAAUUGUGUAGCACAGAAGGCUAAGAGAUAAAUAAAUCCUCGUUAAUAUAGGGGAGUGAAAAAAUGAGGUCCAGUACUAUCUGCAGAAUUCCAAAGCCGUUUUUUACACGAUAGUAAUUAUCCCAAGAGAUCCCAGGUAACAUUAUUAAUUUGUUUGCUGCUUACCUGUGAUAAAAUUUGGGAUCUGAGCUGCUCAUUGUGUACCGUGCACUGCUGCAGAUUUUAUGUACUCAAGAAGACCUUUCUCACAGUCCAGUAAUUAGGUGCUGUUGACAUUGUAAUCUUUGGAAAUGUUCCUAAUGAGCCCCAAAGACACGAAUCUCAUAGAUAAAACCUCAAAGUAACAGUGACUCUUUAAGUGGCUGGUUGGUAAGAGAAAGCGCAAACAUGAAUAUCUGAAACGCAGGAGAAACCCAAAUUUAAACCUAGAUUACAUUGUGUUGUUAAUUCUGAGACUUUUAGGGAAGAAACAUGGAAGAGGUGAUUUGAAAGGCUUUUAGAGAAUAGUACAACGAUCGCCAUACAUUGGAUAGGAUCUUUAAAACUUUCUUUUCACCCUUUGAAACUUUGGACCUGAAAAGUGUUUUCUUUACUGAGUUUAUUAUCUACCCACCAAUUUAUAAAAGUAAGUAUUAAUAGAGUGGAGUUCAGUUGCCCUUUUUUGUUUUAAACACAAAGAUAAUUUUAAAAAUGACAGAAGAAAUUGGAGCUUAAAAGAUAAAAAGAAAAGAAUUUCAGGCAUAAGUGUUAGCAUUGUUUUACAUAUUGUUUCUCCACUUCAGCUAUAAUGAAUAUAAUUUAGUAAGGUAUUCAUAUUCAAAUACAUACUUUGUAAUGUUCCUCUACGCACCACAUAUAUACACAAACAAUAAAUAACAUCACUUAGCAUGUGACUGAGGGCUAUUAAAAAUGUUAAAACAGGACUAAUCUGAUUUACUAAAUAUAAUGUAUUAAAGGAUCUGUUAAUGUUUAAGAUGUCACUGUCACCAGUUUUUCUAUGUCCCUUAUUGUCACCAAUUUCCUAUAAUCCAAACGUUGUAUUUCUAAGUUAUAUAUGUCAUCCUUGUCUUUGAGACUUGGGCUGACUCUCAGCUACCUUUCUUUAGGAGUUUUUCUGGCUUUUUAUGCAUAUAUUCCAGAGACAUUUUCUAUUCAAGGCAUGGGGUUUAGGAUAUGAAAUAACACAUUAAAUCCUGGAUGAUCAGCAUUGUGUCUCUUAACAUACCUUUCCAAGUACACUGAAUUCUCAGUGGCAUAGAGAAGACUCAAGAUGACAGUUGGAUUUGAGAAUUAAUCCCAAAAAUCCACAGCUCUCUAUUUAACUGAAGCCUCAUCUGUAGGUCAGAUAAGGGUUUGAAAAAUGUGAGAAAUGAAAAUGAAGGAUAAUUCAUAUUUUGAAGAUAGUGUUAAUAGUUGAAAUAAGUAGGCGGGCCUUUGAAUUUGUAAGAUCGUAACAACUUAAUAGAAAGGUCACAACGAAUACAUAUUCAAUAUGUACUUUACUAAUUUGAUGGGCUGUCUUGUCAUUCAGUCAGGUGAUGCUUUUAAGUAUAUGUAGACAGUGUUUCAUUCAAUAAAUGCCACUAAGCGUCUUCCUAAUGAUGCCCCAAACUGGUACUUAGAGGUAUCCGAAGCAUGAUGCAAGGAUGCUUUCUGGUGUGUGUUCUUACUCAGUCACUGGACCACGAAUUGGAUCCCAGCAGCCUCUCUGGAUCCUGUGGCCACUGAUUUCAUCCCAAACCUCAGCUGCUCAUUGCUGCCCGGUUACUUAACAGUCAUUAUAAACCAUAUCAGCCUUUAUGAUGGUAACAAAAUACUGAGAAAGAUUUUAAUUAGUGUCCAGACAAGUGGGUAUUAAUUUUUAAAUUUAGGAAUGGUUCUGUUAGAGAAAUGGCAAAAUGUUAGAAGAUACUGUGUAUGGAUUUAUGCUAAUUCAUGGGCAUAGCAAGUGUACCCUUAACUGAGCUGGGAAUGAUGUCUUUGUAUGUGAAAAAUACCCUAUGAAGAUUCCUUUCUUCUUUUUUUUUUUUUAAAUUCCUAUUUAUUAUUGAAGUGUAGUCAAUUUACAGUGUUAGUUUCAGGUGUACAGCAAAGCAAUUCAGUUAUACAUACACAUACAUAUAUUUUUUUCCAGCACAGCUUGUUACAAGAUACUGAAUAUGGCUCCCUAUGCUAUACAAUAGGUCUUUGUUGUCUGUCUGUUUUAUGUAUGGUAAUGUGUAUGUGUUAAUCCCAAGCUCCUAAUCUAGCCCUCCCCAAACCGCCCCCACCCCUGCUAUAACCACAGUUUGCUUUCUAUGUGAAUACUCCUUUCAACGGGAGGAACCCCAGUUUUGGAAUUCGAGGGAAUAAAUUGAGAUCAGAAAAGUGGGGAUUUUUGGGUCAGUGUCCCUGAGCUCCAGUCAUCAGCCUAUCACAUUCCUGGCUGGUCCCGAUUCUUUAAUGUACGUUCCUCUUCUUGCAUGAAACAAUCAUAUGGGAAAAAGUAGGCUGUAGGGAGAAGUGUGUUGGGUACUGUUACAUGCUACACAAAUGUAAGCUAGAGUGACGAAAAAUUAUAAAAUAAUCUUAUUAUCUGUGUUUUCAUAUCCGUAAGAAUGAACUGAGGAAAGGCUUAAUGUCCUCAUAGACAUAUUUACUGUAGAAACUUUUUGUAUGUUUAUCAUGAAAUAUUUCAAAUAUUCAGAAAACACAGAAUUACAUGUUGAACACCCCCUGACUCUUGUUAGAUUUUGCCACGAUUGAUUCAUUAAAGAAAGAAAAUAGGAAGAAGAUUUGAAGCCCCCGAAAACCAUUUCCCUCCCUCCCUCCCCAGAGGUAACCACUGCCCUGAUUUUAGCACUGGUCAAUCUUGCAUAAUUCAUAGUAUUUCUACACACGCGUGACAUAUGUGUAACAUCAUUUGGCAUGUUUUCAAGCAUUGUAUACAUGAGCGUGGAAUGUAUGUAUUCUUUCUUGCCCCAUAAAUGUUAUGUUUUGGAAAUUUAAUUAUAGUGUCUUGCUGCGUGCAGCUUGAGUUCACUUAUUUUACAUGUUGUAUAAGUAUAUUCACUGUAUGAUAUGCUAUAGUAUAUUCUCGCUCCUGUUGUGAAUUCAGGUUCUCAAUUUCUUGCAGUCAAAAGCACAGCUGCUAUAUAAACAUCCCUGUACAUGCCUCAUAGUCUUACAUUGAAGAGUUUCACUAGAGUAAAUGCAAUUGCUGAGUUGAAGAAUAUAUAGCCAUCUUUAACUUUACCAGAUACUGUCAAAUUGUGCUAUUAAAUGGUUACAAUGAUUUAGACUCAUACCAGUAGUUUAUGAGUUUGUAUUGUUCCAUAUUCUUACUAACACUUGAGGUUGCCAUAGUUUUUAAUUUUUGCCAACCUGAUAGAUGUGAAAUUAUAUCUCAUUUUAAAAUUUGCAGUCAAAUGCUCUACCCCUGAGCUAUACCCCCUCAUUUUUUUAAUUUGAAAUUCCCCAGUAACUAGUGAGAAUGAUUGUUAUUUGACUAUUUAUUUUGGUUUCCUCUUCUAUGAAUUGCUUGUUAUUAGCAGUUGAGCACUUUUAUAUGAUGUGGUUAUUCAUAUGUUUCUUAUUGAUUUGUAGGAGUUUCUAUAAAUUCUGAAUGUUUACCUUUUGUCAGUUUUAUAUUUCACAAAUAUCUUCACAUUAUUUCUGGUGUGUAUUUUAACUUUGCUUUUGAUGUCUUUUGUGGGUUCAAAGUUUUUUUCAGAUAAUUAUGUUUUCAAUCUUUUAAUUUAUGCAUUGUUCUUUUAUUAUGUUUUUUAGAUAAAUUGUCCUACUCUGAGUUAAUAAAGGUAGUUCUACAUUGUCUUUUGGAAUUUAUUUAUUAUUUGGUAUGAUUUUGGAGUGUAACUUUUUUGUUCCAAUAGAAUAGCUGAUUGCCCCACCACCGUAUAUCUCCCCCGCUCCUGGUUUGUAAUGCUACCUCUGACACAUGUUGUGUUUCCACACAAGCUUAGACCUUUUCUAGGCUCUCCAUUCUCUGCAGUUGACCUAUUUGUCUUACUGCUCUAAUGCCAGGGUCUUAAUAACUUUGGCUUUAAAAUAAAACUUUGGUAUCUGGCACAGUAAGUGCCUCCAUCUUAUUCUUCAAAAUCGUCUUAGCCUUUCUUGGGUCUUUUGCUUUUUGUAUGAAUUUGAGGUUUAUCAUUUCAAGAUCCAUGAAAAAACUGUUGACAUUUUGAUUUAAGGAUCAAUCUGGAAAGAACAAAUAUUUUUGUACCAGUGAGUCCUCCCAGCUCUGAAUAUAACUUUGCAUUGAUCUGGAGAUUCCUAUGUAUCUUCUUUAUAAUGAUGUUUUGUAAUAUCAUCAUAAAGGUCUUACACUUCUUUUAUUAGAUUUGUUCCUAAGUAACUAAUAAAUGUAACUAUCUUACAGUUUUUGUUACUAUUACAAAUGAAAUCUUUGUUUUUCUAUGACAUAUUCUAAGUGUUUAUUACUGUUGAGUAUUUGAUUGUAUAUUUUGAUGUUUGUUCCAAUAAACUUGCUGAACUCUGUUGAGUCUAAAA